AUGUUAAGAAAAAUGAAAAAUCGGGGUGGUCAGAGCCAAGGAUAGGAUCAGCCAUUUUAUCUUUACCUUUUGACUUUCUGCAGAAACAGAGAGAUUAUACCCUUGAAGGGGAAUCGGGGAAGGUAUCUAAUCUUCAGUACCUGCACAGCUACCUGACUUACAUCAAGCUGUCAACAGCAAUCAAGCGGAAUGAGAACAUGGCUAAAGGCCUGCAGAAGGCGGUGCUGCAGCAGCAGCCAGAGGAUGACAGCAAGCGCUCCCCCCGGCCCCAGGACCUGAUCCGGCUCUAUGACAUCAUUCUUCAGAAUCUGGUGGAAUUGCUCCAGCUUCCUGGCUUAGAGGAGGACAGAGCCUUUCAGAAAGAGAUAGGCCUUAAAACUCUGGUCUACAAGGCUUACAGGUGUUUCUUCAUCGCUCAGUCCUACGUGCUGGUGAAGAAGUGGAGCGAAGCCCUUGUCCUGUACGACAGGGUCCUGAAAUACGCAGAUGAGGUGAAUUCUGAUGCCGGAGCCUUCAAGAACAGGCUAAAGGACCUGCCUGACGUGCAAGAGCUCAUCACGCAAGUGAGGUCGGAAAAGUGCUCUCUGCAGGCGGCCGCAAUCCUGGAUACAAAUGAUUCCCACCAAACAGAGACCUCUUUCCAAGUCAAGGACAAUAAGCCCCUGGUCGAACGGUUUGAGACAUUCUGCCUGGACCCUUCCCUCGUCACCAAGCAAGCCAACCUCGUGCACUUCCCGCCGGGAUUCCAGCCCGUCCCAUGCAAGCCUUUGUUCUUUGACCUGGCCCUCAACCAUGUGGCUUUCCCACCCCUUGAGGACAAGUUGGAGCAGAAGACCAAGAGUGGCCUCACUGGAUAUAUCAAGGGCAUCUUUGGAUUCAGGAGCUAACCGGGCUCUUCCCUGGGGGCAGGGGGAGAUUCUGACUCUUAAUCUGUAUUGUGAGAAAACCCCAGCAGCCUCCAUGAUAUUAAAUCCAGGUCUGCAUUGGCCCAGGGCAGAAGUAUAACAUCCUCAACCCUGCAUUCCUAUGUCUUGUGUGUUUGUACACUUCCAUUCUUAACCAGGGUGCUAGAAGGGGCACCCUGUUGUCUUCUGAUAAAUAUGUGCAGGGUCCUGUGUCCAUCCCUCCUGGAGGAGGGGCCCCUGCCAUCUGGUCUCAUGUGAGCCUUUGGUCAGUAAUGUGGUCGUGGGGGUACACACCGGGCACAGAUUGGGGCUGGGAAUGUGUUGUCGUGUCUCUUCAGUGCCGUGGAUUUGAAACGAACUCAUUCCUGCUGUGAGCGUCCAGGAUCCCUUGAAGAGUUUGUCCGUGACUAGGAAACAUUGGCAGCCUUAUUCCCCUUCACCUCCAGGUGAAAGUUAAGAAGUUUCAGAACAAGCAAAGAGCUCUAUUUUUAGAAGAAAUAUGUUACACUCAGAAAUGAUGAAAACAAAUCUUAUAUUAAAAGGCAAAGAUGCUGGA